AUGAGGUCCUCGGAGGAACAACAACCUGCUGCCAAGAGACCCAUACAGUCGUCAGCUGCACAAAGCUCUGCUUCGUUUGCGUCUUUAUUUGUUGAUAAUAAAUUUACCACAAUUUUUAUUUUUUUCUUUUACUUCUUUACAGUCAAAGAACUUAAUCCAUGGCCAGCAUAUAUUGAGGAACGUAAUGCAUUGUGGGAAAAAUGCAAAGCUGAAUAUUUAGCUGAAUUAGCUGCCAAGCCACGUAAUCCCAUUAAGAUCACUUUGCCCGAUGGUAAACAAGUCGAUGGUACAUCAUGGGAAACUACACCCUAUGAUGUAGCUAAGGGUAUUAGUCAAGGCUUGGCCGAUAAUACCAUUAUAUCUAAGGUUAAUGGUGAGGUAUGGGAUUUAGAUCGUGUCUUGGAGGGAGACUGUACAUUGCAUUUGUUGAAAUUCGACGAUCCUGAUGCGCAGGCCGUAUUCUGGCAUAGUUCAGCUCAUAUUAUGGGCGAGGCUAUGGAACGUAUUUAUGGUGGUCAUUUGUGUUAUGGUCCACCAAUUGCUGAUGGUUUCUAUUACGAUAUGCAUUUGGAAGGCGAAGGUAUUUCCACAAACGAUUACCCAGUCAUGGAGGGCUUAAUCAAACAAAUUGUUAAGGAAAAACAACCAUUCGAACGUCUUGAAAUGAAAAAAGCCGAUCUAUUGGAAAUGUUCAAAUACAAUGAAUUCAAGUGCCGAAUUUUGAAUGAAAAAGUUACAACGGACACUACCACUGUUUACAAAUGUGGACCCUUAAUUGAUUUAUGUCGUGGUCCCCAUGUCCGCCACACUGGCAAGGUAAAGGCUUUGAAAAUCACCAAGAACUCCUCUACCUAUUGGGAGGGUAAAGCUGAUGCUGAGACAUUGCAACGUGUCUAUGGUAUUUCAUUCCCUGAUCCCAAACAACUUAAGGAAUGGGAAAAGAUUCAAGAAGAAGCAGCAAAACGUGAUCAUCGUAAAAUCGGCAAGGAGCAGGAGCUUUUCUUUUUCCAUGAACUAUCUCCUGGAUCGUGUUUCUUCCAACCCCGUGGAGCUCACAUCUAUAAUACUCUAAUGAAUUUCAUUAAAUCAGAAUAUAGAAAACGUGGUUUCCAGGAGGUUAUUACACCGAAUAUUUACAAUUCGAAAUUGUGGGUAACAUCUGGCCAUUGGCAGCAUUAUGCCGAGAAUAUGUUCUCAUUUGAGGCUGAAAAGGAAACAUUUGCAUUGAAGCCAAUGAAUUGUCCUGGUCACUGUGUAAUGUUCGACGUACGCAACCGUUCGUGGCGUGAAUUGCCCUUGCGUAUGGCCGAUUUUGGUGUUUUACAUCGUAACGAAUUGUCCGGCGCUUUGACAGGCCUCACUCGUGUACGCCGUUUCCAACAAGAUGAUGCUCACAUUUUCUGUGCACCCGAGCAAAUCAAGAGCGAAAUGAAGGGAUGCUUAGACUUUUUGCGUCAUGUCUACACCAUCUUUGGAUUCUCCUUUAAUUUGGUACUCUCGACCAGACCAGAAAAGUAUUUGGGCGAUUUGGAGCAAUGGAAUGCUGCCGAAAAGGCUUUGGCCGAGUCUCUCGAUGAAUUCGGCAUGCCAUGGAAAGAAAAUCCUGGUGAUGGUGCUUUCUAUGGUCCCAAAAUCGAUAUUACCAUUAUGGAUGCUUUGAAGAGAGCACAUCAAUGUGCCACCAUCCAAUUGGAUUUCCAACUUCCCAUUCGAUUCAAUUUGAACUAUAUUGCCGAUGAUGGCGAAAAGAAACGUCCCGUUAUUAUACACAGAGCUAUUUUGGGUUCAGUUGAGCGCAUGAUUGCCAUUCUUACCGAAAAUUAUGCCGGCAAAUGGCCAUUCUGGCUGUCACCCCGUCAAGUAAUGGUCGUUCCUGUUGGACCACAAUUCGAUGAAUAUGCCCAAUCGGUACGCGAUCAAUUGCACGCUGCUGGUUUUAUGGUCGAAGCUGAUUGUGAUGCUGGCGAUACAAUGAAUAAGAAAAUUCGUAAUGCUCAACUGGCUCAAUUUAAUUUCAUUUUGGUCGUUGGCGAAAAGGAACGCUCUUCGAAUACCGUAAAUGUACGUACACGCGAUAACAAAGUACAUGGUGAGGUUUCGAUUACCGAUUUGAUUGGCAAACUACAAAAGAUCCGCGAUGAAUUCAUUACAAAUGAAGAUAGUUUUUAA